GAAUUGGACAGCUGUACAUGAUCAGCAAGCACAGCCAUGAGCAGAGUGACCGAGGUGAAGGUGUGGAAGUGGUGCAGAAUGAACCCUAUGAAGAUCCAAACCAUGGCAAUGGUCAGCUAACAGAAAAACGGGUCUAUCUCAACAGCAAACUUCCAAGCUGGGCUAGAGCAGUUGUUCCCAAAAUAUUUUAUGUUACAGAGAAGGCUUGGAAUUAUUAUCCUUAUACAAUCACAGAAUACACAUGUUCAUUUUUGCCUAAAUUCUCCAUUCAUAUAGAGACAAAAUAUGAGGACAACAAAGGAAGCAAUGACAGUAUUUUUGACAAAGAAGCUAAAGAUCUGGAGCGAGAAGUCUGCUUUAUUGAUAUUGCCAGCGAUGAAAUUCCUGAGCGCUAUUACAAGGAAUCCGAGGACCCUAAAUAUUUCAAGUCACAGAAGACUGGGAGAGGCCAAUUAAAAGAAGGCUGGAGAGAGACUCAUCAGCCGAUUAUGUGUUCCUACAAACUUGUGACUGUGAAAUUUGAAGUCUGGGGACUUCAAACUAGAGUAGAGCAGUUUGUACACAAGGUGGUCAGAGAUAUCCUAUUGAUCGGUCACCGGCAGGCUUUUGCCUGGGUUGAUGAGUGGUACGAUAUGACUAUGGAUGAUGUCCGAGAAUACGAGAAAAAUAUGCAUGAAAAAACCAACAUUAAAGUUUGCAACCAACAUUCAUCUACUGUGGAUGAAAUAGAGAGCCAUGCCAAUGCAAGAACAUGACAAUGGAUGAAGUCCGAGAGUUUGAACGAGCAACUCAGGAAGCUACCAACAAGAAGAUUGGGAUCUUCCCACCUGCAAUAUCUAUCUCUAACAUUUCCAUGCCUUCUUCAACCCGCAGUGCUCCAUCUAGUGCUCCGUCAACUCCUCUCUCCACAGAUGCUCCUGAAUUCCUAACAGUUCCCAAAGACCGGCCUCGGAAAAAGUCUGCUCCAGAAACUCUCACUCUUCCAGAUCCAGCAAAAAAACCCCUUUAAAUUCACCCAGCAUGUUUCCUCCUGAUAAGCCAUGUCUACCACAGCAAGAGUGAUGUAACUCAGUUUCUACAAAGGUCAUGGUAGUUUGUUGAUUGUUUUUUUGCUUAAAAUAAUCUUAUUGGAGUGGAAAGAUUACUUCUUUCCUCAGACUUGAUCCUGAAAACCUUC